UAUUCGAAACGAGGCGGGGAUUCCCUUUGAGAAGGGGUUUUCUCGUUUGUGAAACGUGACCUCCAGCACAUAUCAGAACCAAAACAAACAUGCGACUGUAUCGUUUAUUUAGAGUAGCCAAAAGGUAUUCACACAGAAGAUGUUUCUGUACAGCUACACAAACGCAACCCUCAGACAUGAUGAAAUACCUAACGGCUCGAAUCAGAGCCAAUGGUCCGAUGUCUGUGGCUGAAUACAUGAAGGAGGUCCUCACAAAUCCUGUGUCUGGGUACUACAUGAAUAGAGAUGUAUUUGGACGUGAUGGAGAUUUCAUUACUUCACCAGAAGUUAGCCAGAUGUUUGGGGAGCUGAUGGGAAUAUGGUGUAUCAAUGAGUGGAUGAAGUCGGGAAUGCCUCCCUCCUUCCAGCUGGUAGAGCUAGGGCCAGGGAGGGGCACACUAGCUGAUGACAUGCUACGGACAUUUGCUCAGUUCCCCUCUUUUGGAGAUAAAGUCAGUUUACAUAUGGUUGAAGUUAGUCCUAAGCUGUCCAAGCUACAAGAGGAAAAGUUAACAGGCAAUCCUGGGAUGAAUGUAGAAGUCGACGUCGAUAGUACUCCCUACAAAUCUGUCAAGUCUAAACAUGGACCCGAGGUCAGCUGGUACAAGGAUCUACGAGAUGUCCCUAAAGGGUUCUCCUGUUACAUAGCUAAUGAAUUCUUUGAUGCUCUGCCAAUAUUCAAAUUUCAUAAAACAGAUGAAGGAUGGCGUGAAGUUAUGAUCGAUCUAAAUAACAGAAAGCCAGAUGAAGAUGAGAUAACUGCCGGUCAAGCAGACGCCGACUUCAGAUAUGUCCUAGCAGGUGGCCCUACCAUUGCAUCAAAAACAUUUCUAAAGCAUAUUGAGCCAGAAGAUCCUCGCAAUCAUGUAGAGGUGUCGCCAGUGGGCGGAGUCGUCGUCAUGGAGUUAGCCAAGAGAAUAGCAGAGGAAGGAGGUUUUUCUCUCAUCACAGACUACGGGCAUAAUGGUGACAGGACUGACACAUUUAGAGCAUUUAAGAAUCACAAACAACAUGAUGCCCUCAAGGACCCCGGGACAGCUGAUUUAACAGCAGAUGUGGACUUCUCCUACCUAUGUACAAUGGCCAAACCUAAUGCCAGAGCCUUUGGUCCCCUAUCCCAGACUGAAUUCCUACAUAACAUGGGCAUUGUUGCCAGACUACAGAUGUUAAUCAAAAAUUGUGAAGAUGAAGAGAAAGCAAGAACAUUAAUAAGUCAAUAUCAAAUGUUAACAGACCCCGAGAAGAUGGGAAGUAGAUUUAAAUUCAUGGCUUUAUUAAACAGUGACAUUGAAAAGGACUACGUACCAUCAGGGUUCAUAGAUCUGUCCCAGCAUAAACCAUACAUUAACGAGUCACCAAAGGAGGAAUGACAAUAUGUAAACAUGUUUGUUGUGAUUGUUACAUUAUAAAGUUUUACACUGGAUAAGUAAUGUGGAUGUUGUAAGUUAUUUGACAUGUGGUGACUGGAGGCAUGUUGUUUUGAAGUUCACAACCAAGGAAAGAAAUCUUUUUAAUAAAAAGAUGCCUGUUUCUGAAA